CAAAACACUCUCAUCUGAUCUCACGCCUCACGCCUCUUGCCUCUUCUCAAACUCCCUGCCUCACUCUCAUCUCACGAUCACUCUCUGCCUCACUGUGUGACUCUCUCACUCACCUGAACUCAACUCAAGCUCACGCAUGCACGCACGCCUCUCAAUUUUUUUUUUCCUUCUCAUCCUGACUUCGUCUGAAAUAAUGAAGUUCUGAGUUUUUUUUUUUUUUUUUUCUCCUUCUCGGUCUCGCCCUCUGAGCUCUGCUCUCUGCUUCUCGGCGUCUGAAGUUCUGGAGCUGGAAUAGGUUGGGAAAUCGAGGGUUUUUGAAAUGGAGAUUGAUUCUGAUUCCAACAAUUUGAAUGUCAAGUCAUCGGAGGAAGGUGCGGCAAUGCAAAUGGAUUCUUCUGACUCGUCAGCCGCUCAAGCAAAGGGUAAAGAAAAAGAGGAGCUUGCUGAGACAAUGGAUAAGCUAAAUAUUGAGGGAUCAUCAUCUGGGCAGGCUGGGACUUCGUCAACCAACUUCAAGAGAAAACCAGUUAUCAUCAUUGUUGUAGGGAUGGCAGGGAGUGGAAAAACAACGUUUCUUCAUCGACUGGUUUGCCACACCCAGGCUUCGAAUAUUAGGGGUUAUGUGAUUAACCUUGACCCUGCAGUGAUGACGCUUCCAUUUGGCGCUAACAUUGAUAUAAGAGACACUGUGAAGUAUAAGGAAGUGAUGAAGCAGUACAAUCUAGGACCUAAUGGUGGAAUUUUGACAUCGCUUAACUUGUUUGCUACGAAGUUUGAUGAGGUUAUUUCUGUUAUCGAGAAGCGGGCAGAUCAGCUUGAUUAUGUUCUUGUGGAUACUCCUGGACAAAUUGAAAUAUUUACUUGGUCUGCUUCUGGUGCUAUUAUUACAGAAGCUUUUGCUUCAACCUUCCCUACUGUUGUCACUUAUGUAGUCGAUACGCCUCGUUCCUCAAGUCCAGUUACUUUCAUGAGUAAUAUGUUAUAUGCUUGUAGUAUACUUUACAAGACAAGGUUGCCUUUUGUGCUGGCAUUCAACAAGACUGAUGUGGCUCAACAUCAAUUUGCCUUGGAGUGGAUGGAUGACUUUGAGGCCUUUCACGCAGCAGUAAGUUCAGACAGCUCGUACACAUCAACUCUAACUCAGAGCCUUGCCCUUGUGCUGGAUGAGUUCUACAAGAAUUUACGGUCAGUUGGUGUGUCUGCUGUUUCUGGUGCUGGAAUAGAUGCCUUCUUCAAGGCCAUUGAAGCAAGUGCUGAGGAGUACAUGGAAACAUAUAAGGCUGAUCUCGACAAGAGAUGGGCAGAGAAGCAACGUUUGGAGGAAGAUCGCAGGAAGGAUAACUUGGAUAAAUUGAGGAAGGAUAUGGAGAAAUCUGGGGGAGAAACUGUUGUCUUGAGCACUGGUCUGAAGGACAAAAGAGAUAAGAGUAAAACCAUGAUGGAUGAGGAAGAUGAAGAAAUAGAAGAUGAAGAUGAUGAUGAUAAUGACAGAUUUACUGACGAUGAAGAUGCUAUAGAUGAGGAUGAGGACGAAGAUGAAGAAGUUUCUAGAUUCUCCUUUUAGUACAGCUUUAAUGCUGACAAAAUUUUCUUGUACCAAAACUUUGUAUAGAAUUUUCAUUAGUAACUAAAGUACCAAAACACUGAUUUAACGCCGUAUUAGUUUUGCAUAACUUGUGAUUCAACGUUUACAGCACUCAUUUUUGCGUAGGUAAGUUAUUAAAGGUUUUGCUGUUUGGUUUGAUAUGGUAUGCAUAACUUUGUAAUUGUACUUCUGCUGCUGUUAUUAAACGCCAUAUAGUUUUGCAUAACUUGUGAUUCAACGUUUACAGCACUCAUUUUUGUGUAGGUAAGUUAUUAAAGGUUCUGCUGUUUGGUUUGAUAUGGUAUGCAUAACUUUGUAAUUGUACUUCUGCUGCUGUUCUUGAUUAUUUAACCUGCCAUUUACAAGUGAAAUGUUGGAUUUUGUAAAUGGAGGGUUUGUCAUUGCAUUUCAGUUGUGUAUUUGUUAUUGCAUUAUUGCACAUGGAAGGUCUGUUAAGAAUGAUGAAUUCCAGAUUUGAUAGAGUUCCUAUCAAUUGUGGCACAUUAUGUUCAUAGAAACUCUUGUUAGCUUGUUACAGCUUCUCUACAUACUUUCUAGUGCUUGCUUUUCUUACUGACAUGCAUCUAUGGCAUGGCUGUGUGAGAAUGUUUGCAUUUGGAUUAGCUUAUUUUUAUCGGUUAUGGCAUGGUUGUGUGCAUUUGUAUCCAACUCUGCCUUUGUUGUCACUUCUGGCCUUAAUCCUUUUAUGAGGCUGGUCCAAGCCCCAAAAAGGAGGGAGGUGGUAAGUUGGCGUCCAGAAUAAAACUUAAUCACCAUAGUUUAUGCAUUAUAUGUUCGUGCAAUUUCUGUAAUUGGGAUAUUCUUAUAUGCAUUUGGAUCCCUUAUGAACUAGGUUAGGACUUGGGAAUUAUAAUUUAGUCAUUGGAUGAAGGUCUGAUGGUAAUAGAACUCUGUGAUGUGGAUUAUACCCAACUUAAUUAUGGCUGAUUUUAUUUUUCAUUAUUAUUUUCUGUUGUGUCCUUUUAUAUUUCAAUGUUAAAUAAAUUACAUGAUGUAAAACCUGUUCAUGCUAUCAUCCAAGUUCGACUUUAAAAAAAAAUUUUAAAAAAUACGAAGUUCAAGUUUAUUUGGUUCUAAUUUUCUACUAAUUCUUGCAGUGAGUAGGACAAGCUAAAGAAGCUUGGUGACCAUAUGAAUGAGAGCCAUCACAGCUGUAGUGUUUUAUAUGAGUGCAGCUGUCCGGAGUUGGAAGAACUUCUACGUACAUGUCGGGAACAUGUUGCACUUGGGGCAAGGCUUACAGGAGCUGGAUGGGGUGGUUGUGCGGUUGCUUUGGUGAAAGAGAGCAUUGUUCCACUGUUUAUCCUCAAUUUGAAGGAACGCUUCUAUCAAUCAAGGAUUGACAAAGGGACUAUUAACAAGAAUGAUCUUGGCCUCUAUGUUUUUGCUUCGAAGCCAUCAAGUGGUGCUGCUAUUUUCAAGUUUUAGUACGAAUCACAUGGGGAUUAUAGGAACAGCCAAGGUCUGCUAUUUACUUAAUUUAUGUUGAGAAACCUCAUGAAAUUCUUGUCUAGUUGAUUAAACUCUGAUCUUAUCAUUUUAAAAAUUGUUCUUGGAAUGGAAUUAUAUGGACCUCCUUUACAAAGAGACAGAUUAAUCUUUUCAGAAAAUAAUAACGAUCUGGCCUACAAA